AACAAACAAAAGCGAUAUGAAUAUUAUUUAAUAUUUUGACUAAUUGUUAAUAAUUAAAAAAAAGUGAUAACGUAUUUAAAUAAAUACCUAAAGUACGUACCUGUCGUACCUAUACGUAAUGGGUUUAAAUUCCUAUAAGCGAAUAAUGCAUCAUUAUUGAAGUUCCUAUUACAACUUUACAAGUUAUAACUGCAAUUAUAAAUUAAAUUGAGUACAGAUGGCUUCUACUUCAAGUCCAUCAGGAUCAGAAAAUCCUACUGAUAACUUGAAAAAAGAACCAUCUAAAGGUAUCCUAAAGCCUUCUGUUAGUUAUGAAGAAAAAGAGAAACAGAAAAAAGUUACAAACAAGUCUGCUAAGUGGGACGAGAUGAACAUAUUAAAGACUUUACAUCCACCAGAUAAAGACUAUGGUCAUAUGAAAGUGGAUGAACCAAAAACACCGUAUGAACGGGAAGUUAAUGAUGAUGAUGAUGAUGAAAUGGACGGUGGUGUAAAUGCCGAAGAAUUGAGAAAAAGGAUUGAAGAAAGUGGUCGACGAAGAAGUAGUUCAUUUCAAUCGGAAGAAGAACCUGAAUCUGAAGAUGAAUCUCCAGAAGACAAAAUUACAAGAGAGAUAUUUGAAAAAAAAAGAAAACAACAUUAUAAUGAAUUUCAGACUGCAAAAAUACUGGCAAAACAAAUGAUGGAUGAAGAUGAAGAUGAUGAUGAAAAUGAUGAUAAUAAUAAACAAAAUGAAGCUAGUUUGGUAUAAAGUACAUUUAUCUUAUUUGUAUAUUUUUUAAAAGCUUAUUACACAAUAUUGAAGAACAAAAA